AUGUUGCGAGCCAUUGUCGAGCCGCCAGGGCCUACGCUCGCCUCAAACGCCUGGCCAAGCUCCCUCCCCAGUGACGCGCCUAACAGCGGUGACUCCGACGGCGACCCGGGCGACAAGCUACAGGAAUGGUCCUCAAUAAUUGGCAUAGUCACUGCUAUCGUGGGAAACGUCCUUAUUGCUCUAGCCCUCAACGUGCAAAGAUAUGCGCACAUCCAGCUCCACAAAGAACGUCAUCGGAUACGACGGAGAGCCAAAGAUGCAUUGAAACGGGCGCAAAGCAAGAACCAGGCCGGCUCAUACGGCACCCUCGGUGGUGAUCACAAUGGCAAUGGCUAUCAGAAUGGCGUAGGAAGCUCUGCAAUCCCGCAUGACGACCAUGACGACGAAGGCGACGACAGCCGCGAAUCCGACCCGUUGCGAAACUCCUUCCACUCUAGCAUAUCCAACGAGUCCAGCAGCGACGAUGAACAAGAUAAGCCUGCUUUGUCGUAUCUCAGGUCGCCCUACUGGUGGCUGGGCCAAGUUCUCAUUACGCUCGGCGAAAUGGGCAACUUCCUAGCCUACGGCUUCGCACCGGCCUCGAUCGUCUCGCCCCUCGGUGUUGUCGCCUUGAUAUCAAACUGUAUCAUUGCCCCCGCCAUGUUCCACGAGAGAUUUCGGCCUCGCGAUUUCUGGGGUGUCGUCAUUGCCGUCGGCGGUGUCGUUACCGUGGUGCUCAGCGCCAAGGGGGAGGAGACGAAGCUGAAUCCCCACGACGUCUUGGACGCUAUCACAACCCUCGGCUUUGAGAUUUAUCUAGGCGUCACCAUCUUCCUCAUUGUCGUCCUCAUGUGGGCAAGCCCCAGGUACGGGAGACAGACGAUCCUGAUCGACUUGGGGCUUGUAGGCUUGUUCGGCGGUUAUACUGCCCUGGCCACCAAGGGCGUGUCCUCGAUGCUGUCCUCGACCCUCUGGCGAGCCUUUACCACGCCCGUCACCUACAUCCUCAUCCUCAUCCUCCUCCUGACGGCCAUCAUGCAGAUUCGCUACGUCAACAAGUCUCUGCAGCGCUUCGACUCAACGCAGGUCAUCCCGAUCCAAUUCGUCAUGUUCACGCUAUGCGUCAUCGUCGGCAGUGCCGUCCUAUAUCGCGACUUCGAACGAACGACGGCUGAGCAGGCCGCCAAGUUUAUCGGGGGCUGCUUGCUAACCUUCUUUGGCGUCUUCCUAAUCACGAGCGGCCGGGAGCAGAGCCACGACGAUGACGACGCGUUAUCAGACACCGAAGGCGUUGAGGAGACGAUCGGUUUAGCUCGUCAGGACACGAAUGGCAUUACGUCGGGCCAGAAUGGACAAGAGUUCCCAGCUCCCAAAUCGCAAUCGCGUCGAUCAAGUCGGCUGUCACAGGCGAGCUAUGUGGAAACGCUCCGCGCCGUCACGCCACAUCACGAUGGGGGCCUCCCAUCUGUGAGGCUUCUGGGAUCGAAUGGUUUGCAUAGCUCCCCCAGUCAAGACGUUCCGAUCCACAGCAACCCAUGGAAGGACGUGGGGGUCCCGUCUACUCCGCCUGGUCAAGGUAUCAGGACAUUCUCGGCCGAUUCAGCCAUGACGGCGCCUUGUAUAGAUACAAGUGCAGGACCAACGACGGUAGCUUCGAAUCCAACAACGCCGCUGAGAGAUGCAGCUGCGCCCGAUGGUGCCUUGCCUCCUCGUCCCAACCUCAGUCCGGUCAAAUCAGGUGGCACCCAUCACCGGUCCAGGACCUUCAUCUCGCCGUCGCCGCUCUCCUCGACGGUUACGGCCGUCGUCAAGGACGCCUUCCUGCGCGCUACGGACGACCCCCGACUUCGCAAGACCUCCAUGCGCCGCAUCCGCUCGCAUAUCCGCGCCGGGCUCUUCUUUGGCGAAGAGGACGACGCCUCGGCCGCAAUGGUACCAGGGCAGGCCGUGGCCAAUGCGUCCGAGGACGUGCUCGCCAGCGCCUUUGGCGAAACCGACGGCCCCGCCGACGAUGGUGACCAGGAGGUACGGCGCCGCUCUCGCAGCGUGAGUGAUACCCUGGGCGACUUCUUUGGCGUGCGGCGCAAGCGGCGCAAGGACGACUACUUCUCGAGCGAUGUCGAGGAUGGCACCGCAGAUCCCCGCUACCAAGACGACGCGGCGGUUUCAAGACCGUACGCAAACCACUAG